CUGGAAGCUCUUCCCCACGCAGAAUGCCUGCUUUGCCUAGCCCUCGUCUUCCAUUGUCUAAUUCCUGCAUCCCGGCUGAAGGUUCCAAGUCCUACUGUUUGGAGGACUCUUACUGAAUGUAGCUUAGCUGCUGUUGGUGUUUAUUGGUCAGCUGUCGUGGCCUCAGGGAUCUGUUUAUGAGCUUGUGGUUUUCUCGGGGCAAUAGAACAGUCUGAGGUCUCUGCAAAUCUUGAAGCUUUGGGCUCAAUCCUACCAUCAAACUCUGGCCUUUGCCUGUUCAUCUAUGGAUUCGGAUUUUUACCCAUGGCUCUGAGAUCUCCGGAAUCUGCUGGUGAUCUCUAGAAUCUUUUCGAACGUCAGGGCUCUUUAGAACUCUGAGGCUUGGGGAUCUCAGGCCUCUCGAGGAUCUUGGAACCAGCGAUCCGCGGUGUUUCACAGACCAGGAGCUCUUGGCCUCUAAGUGGCCUUUGUACGCCAGAGUGGAACUCCAAGUCCCGGCAGGCCGCGAGGCGCGCGCACGCGUGGUGGAGAUGCUCGGCCACGCGGCAGGAGGAGGGCUGAUGAUUUGGCAUCUGAUUGGCCUCGUGUUUGAUGAGGUUUUUCUGCUGAUUGGUUGAGGUUGCUGCCGGAAAGGCCCUUGAACGGAGAUGGAAGAGCAGAGGCGUUCUGUAGGGCUGGGUUGAAAGCCUCCGUCUAAUAGCAUCGGCCUGACCCCCAGUCCGGGGGCGGGGGGCACUAGCCAGGGGCUGUCCUCCCUUACUCUAGCCUUGCCUGUACUUGGUAUUAACCGAGACGCGGAGAGCGGGUCACGCUCGGGGGUCAGAGAAGGAGGAGAGUGACCGAUCCUGGGCCGUUCCUGCAUACCCGGCAAUCAGAACUCCAGCCCUAGGGAGUGGGCAGGGCCUCUAGCCGCGCCUCGCUCCCUGCUUUUCAUCUCCUUCAGCGUUGUCUACUAGCUACUUGUCCUGCUCUCUCUCCCAGGAGACGAACGUUUGAGCCUGAGAUGGCAGCCACCCUGCUCAUGGCUGGGUCCCAGAUCAGACUUAAUGCCAAUGCCUUCUCGACAUUUCUAACCAUGUCUCUAAUUUCAAGAAGAAAGGCUGGGACUAAACUCCUAGAUGCUAAGUAGUGAGGAAGCAUUGUGUGAUUUCAGGCCCCUGUGACAUUUGAAGAUAUGGCCAUGUACCUCACUCGGGAAGAAUGGAGACCUCUGGAUCCUACACAAAGAGACCUUUACAGGGACGUGAUGCAGGAGAAUUACGGAAAUGUUGUCUCACUGGACUUUGAGAUCAGGAGCGAGAAUGAAACAAACCCGAAAGAAGAGCUUAGUGAAGAUGUGGAGUUUGUGACCAUGUCCGAAGAGCCUAUUGGGGUUGCUGAGAAGAACCCGGAAAGCGAAGAGGCCUUUGAAAGUGGGGACAGGUCCGAAAGACAGUGGGGAGAGCUGACUGCAGAGGAGUGGGUCAGCUACCCUCUCCAGCAGGUCACUGACCUGCUGGCCCACAAAGAAGUCCACACAGGCAUCCGCUAUCACAUAUGUUCUCAGUGUGGGAAGGCCUUCAGUCAGAUUUCAGACCUCAAUCGACACCAAAAAACGCACACGGGAGACAGACCCUACAAGUGUUACGAAUGCGGCAAGGGCUUCAGCCGCAGCUCCCACCUUAUCCAGCAUCAGAGAACACACACAGGCGAGCGGCCCUACGACUGCAACGAGUGCGGGAAGAGCUUUGGAAGGAGCUCUCACCUCAUUCAGCACCAGACAAUCCACACCGGGGAGAAGCCCCACAAGUGUAACGAGUGUGGGAAGAGCUUCUGCCGGCUCUCCCACCUCAUCCAGCACCAGCGGACCCACAGCGGGGAGAAGCCCUACGAGUGCGAGGAAUGCGGGAAGAGCUUCAGCCGGAGCUCGCACCUGGCUCAGCACCAGAGGACGCACACGGGUGAGAAGCCUUACGAGUGUAACGAGUGCGGACGGGGCUUCAGCGAGCGCUCCGACCUCAUCAAGCACUACCGCGUGCACACGGGCGAGAGGCCCUACAAGUGUGAGGAGUGCGGGAAGAACUUCAGUCAGAACUCUGACCUGGUGCGGCACCGCAGGGCCCACACCGGGGAAAAGCCGUACCACUGCAACGAGUGCGGGGAGAACUUCAGCCGCAUCUCGCACUUGGUCCAGCACCAGCGGACGCACACGGGAGAGAAGCCCUACGAGUGCACGGCCUGUGGGAAAAGCUUCAGCCGCAGCUCCCAUCUGAUCACACACCAGAAAAUUCACACCGGGGAGAAGCCCUAUGAGUGUAACGAGUGCUGGCGAAGCUUCGGGGAGAGGUCAGAUCUGAUUAAGCACCAGAGGACUCACACGGGAGAAAAGCCCUACGAGUGUGUGCAGUGUGGAAAGGGGUUUACGCAAAGCUCCAACCUCAUCACCCAUCAAAGAGUUCACACGGGAGAGAAGCCUUACGAAUGUACCGAGUGUGACAAGAGUUUCAGCCGGAGCUCAGCUCUUAUUAAACACAAGAGAGUCCAUACCGACUAAGUCCUGUAUUUCUGAGUAAGAAAUGACUCGUGGAGGUACAGUUAUAUUUGAUUUGAUAUCAGUGAGGUUCCUUAAGACUGACUUUCCUUAUUGUUGGCCACAUUUUCAAACAUGGAAGAAUACGACCCCUUUGAAAUUCCGACCCACAGCGUUGGGGACGUUUUCCCCUUCUCCAAAAUAGUUUUCUUCACCGAUUUUAUUACAUGAAUCGCUUCAUCAAAAGCAGCCCCCGUCCCUAGUAACUUGAAAGCUGAAGACCAGAGGACAAGAUGCUGGUGGAUGCUUAGGCCUGGAGAUGGAGUAGGUUUUUAAAAAGUUGUUUUUUUCCUCUCGUAUCUUUGGCCCCAAAAGACUGCAGCAGGAAUGUAGAACUGGACUAGGGUGGCCGCAGCUGCUCUGGCAGAAGGCAAGCGGACUUGUCCUGAGUAGCCACUGUUCACACACCGCAGUAGCCGGGCUCAUGCACUUCCCUUCCAAAGGGCUUUUUCCUUGAGUAGCUCGUAUUGGUACCUUGCCAUCUUGUGCACAGGAUUCUGCACGCUGAAGGCAGUGACUGAAUCAUUUCUCCUUGUUUCUCACUUGUGUAUAGCUUGCAUGCUUUUGAAAGCUACCGGAGGAUACAGUGUGAAAGGAGAAGGGUCCAAGGUUGAGGACCAAGGGCCCUUGGAUGGUGGUGACCUUAGCAAGAGAUACCCAUUGAUGCUGUCUUUAAUCAGGUUUAUCACUUUAGAGAUGGCAGUGUGGAAACUGCCUUUAGGAAAGGACAGGCCCGCAGGUGAUGAUGGAAGGAGUAGAAGUGGGUUGACUCCUUCAGGGAAGGGAGCACCGAGCCUUUCUGUGUCCUUUGCCAUCUAACUUUAACAGUUAGGUCACUCGCCCUUGUACUGCUACCUCUAGGGUUUGAUAGGGCCACGCCCCAGUCUCUAUCGUAGCUUGCAUAAAGGCACGUGUAUGUACAGUGAAAUGUGUACUCGAAUAGCAGAGACCGAAUUCCUAAGAAUCAGCAUGUUCUUACGUGAUGUAGACCAUAAGAUAGAACUGUAGGCAUACUCCAUGCGAGAGAUGUCCUUUAUUUUUCUUGUGUUAUGGGAAAGAAUUUGAACACUAGUGCGCUAGCGUGCACUCUCCUGUAAGGCUUGGUUUUGUACAGAACUAAACUCUUGCUCGUAUGUGUCCAUCAGUUGUGAGACAAUGACUGGACAGUUAGGUCCUCUGCCCUUUCUCAGACUGAGUUAUCUUCUCCUGUGAUGAAUCCUCUUUGGCCCCAUCAGAAGAAAUGAAUAAGCCUAAAGAGGAGUGUGUUUCCCGCCUCCAGGGACAAAGAGUUACAGUGAGAGUCGCCCAGUGUCGCUCAGUACCUCAGUUUUCUUUAUCUCAGCCCAGGCAGGAAUGAUGAGUAGCCCGGAUAUUGGUGCUUACUCUGUCCCGUGGGGAUGGAAGGGGAUGGGGCCCAGUGCAUUUUUAUGGUGCUUAGUGCAAACUUGCAAAUGUUAACAUGUUUUUUUUCAAGAAACCUUUUUUUUUUUUUUUUUUUUUUGCAGGGGUGGGGAUUGGGGGUGGCACAUGCCUUUAAUCCCAGCACUUGGGAGGCAGAGGCUGGCAGAUCUCUGUGAGUUCAAGGCCAGCCUGGUUUACAGGAUCGAGUUCCAGGACAGCCAGGGCUACACGGAGAGUCCUUGUCUUGAAAAACAAAAAACAAAAAACUUUUUUGUUGAAGUUCUUUGGGAUUUGGCAUUUAGUGCUUUCACUACAGAGUCACUGUGAGCGCAGCUGGGUGAUGCCAUGACACUCACUAGUGACAGCCUCAAAAGCAACCGAAUGAAAACCACUCCGAGUGGCCCCUCCCAUUUGAGUACGAACUUGGGGCAGGGCGUACGGUUUCUAUUCUGUACGACAUCUAGCCUGCCGUGGGUAUUCACAUUUUAACUGUUAGGUGACUUAUGUCUUCUUGGUAACUAAACUCAGAUAUGGCAUCUGUAUGUAGCCAAUGACUUGGUUGGAUCUCAGCAUUCUCCCGUCGUGUCUUUGAGUCACUGAGUGACUGCUUGGGAGUAGCUUGUAGAAGACAGCACCUCCGAUCCAACUUCAUUUUACCCCUUUCCCAUCCCCCCCAGCCCUGCAAUGCCACCUCCUGCCUUCAUGUAAAGGUUUUGCUAGUGUGCCAUUUGCUGCUUUUGCCUUCUAGAUGAAAGGCUCAGGGAGGGUCUCUGAUUGCCUUCCCAUCUCCCCAUACCUGUCUGCGCCAGCUGAAUGCCCUCCCUUCUGCAGUCAUCCGCUGCCCACUCCCAGUGCUGAACUCUGUGGAAGUCAUGCGUCUGCCACACUUCACCAAUGCUGUUUGCAUGCCUGCUGUUUGCAGGCCCCUGGCUGUUCCUGCACAUACCCAGACACUCUGUGCCCAUGUUCUGUGGUUGUGGAGAGCGGAUCCCCUUGGUAUUGGUCAAUUAUCCUAGUGUCUUGUCUAUGGCUGUAUUAUCCUAACAAUAUUCUAUAAUUAAAGGUAUAAUUUUUAAAGUCAAAACAAUGGAGUUACUUUGGUAAUCUCAAACAGGUUGCUAUCAGAGCCUCUCAUCAGGUUUAUUAAAAUUGGGCAUGAUCAUCUUUACAUUUGUGCUUUGUGCAUAGAUGUACAGAUAUUUUGCAUAGUCUUCCUGUAGUAAUUGAGGGUACAGUCAAUGUCUUGAGCUCUUUGGG